UGAACUCAUGAAAACAGUUAGUUGCUUUACCAAACCUGUAUCUGUGUUUCUCUCUGUGUGACAUGUGAAACAAGUCCGAAGCAGUAAGGCGUAGGAAUCCCUCAGAGUGAGAAUCUCCCCCUUCCUCUUUUUCUUUCGUAACAAGGCCUGUACUCCCCCUGUGUUUCCCUACUGUUUUGUACAGUUCAUUCCUUGUUAUGAAGAGAGUUGUGGAAGCGGUGUCACAUGUUAAGCAGUUGGCCUAUUUACGGUCUUGGUAUUGCAAAAUGUGAAAUCUGAUCAGAGUAGGUUGGGCAACACUGACGCAGGGCAGAUAAAGCACUAGUAGUGGAGAUAAGAUCAUAUUUACAUCUCAGUGAGUAUUGAAGGGAGUCCAAAUAAACCUGCUGAACUCUGACAGAGGAAACAUGAUGAAUGAAUUGAUGGGACCCUCAGAGAAGAUGUUUGAUUGGGACGAGGAGUGGAACAUCUCCUUUGCAGGCUGUGGCUUCAGGAGUGUUUAUUACCUGGGCGCUCUGAGCUGUUUCCUGCAGAACGUCCCACGCCUCGUCCACGGAGCCUCCAGGAUCUGUGGAGCCUCGUCCGGCUGUCUGGUGGCUGCAGCUCUGACCGUGGGGAUCCCCAUCGAGCAGUUCUGCGCUGACGUCCUGUCCGUGGCGAGGGAAGCCAGGAGACACACGCUGGGAGUUUUCCACCCGAGCUUCAGCCUGCUGCGGACCGUGAGAGCCUCUCUGCUGGAGAAGCUCCCGGCUGACGCUCACCUGAAGGCGUCAGGGCGGCUCUGCGUCUCCCUCACCAGACUGACUGAUGGGAGGAACGUCCUGGUGUCAGAGUUCAACAGCAGAGAGGAACUCAUUCAGGUUCUGAUGUGCAGCUGCUUCUUCCCUGUUUACUGUGGCUUCACCCCCCCUUCAUACCGUGGAGUGUACUACAUGGACGGCGCCCUGAGCAACAACAUGCCUCUGUUCGAGCAGAGGAACACCAUCACUGUGGCUCCGUUCUCCGGAGAGAGCGACAUCUGCCCCAGAGACGGCAGCUUCAACUUCAUCGAGGUGCACUACGGCAACGUGAGCAUCCACGUGAACUCUGGGAACGUGCACCGCAUCUGGACCUCCUUCCUGCCCCCCAGCAUGGAGGAUCUGGCUGAGAUCUGCCAAAGCGGCUACAUGGAUGCUCUUCAAUUCCUGAGAGAGAGAGAUCUGCUGGGAACACAGAGUCUUUGUCCCGGAUUGAUUGUGGAAAUGGACUCAGUGAACCCUGCUUGUUGUGAGCUUGUGAAAAAAAGAGGGUCAGAGGAGUUACGGCUGAACGGACUGAACUCUGAUGAGGAAGAGGAUCUGUGUCUGGGCCUGAAAGUAGAGAAGCUCCCUGCUGGCAUCAAGAAAGUUCUGUGUGAGGCGCUCAGGGACAGUCGUGGUGGGGACUCUCGAGGGUCUCAGCUCACAGAGUUUCUCCCGGUGAAAAUGGUUUUAUACCUGCUGUCUCUCCUCAUGCUGCCCUUUGAGAUGGCCUUCUCUCUCAGCAAAAGCUUGAUAUCAUCACUGUUGACCUUGACUGGAGAUCUGUUCAGGAACACGUGGAGCAGUGGAGGCGAGGACAGUGCAUUUCCAGAGCGUUACGCCUUUAACUCAGACCUCAGGAGCAGAACAGGAGAAAACAAUAAACCUUUUAGCUCAACAAAGACUACAAACUGCAACAAAACUCUUCAUUGGGACACCAAUGGAAACCUGGAAGUCUUCCCCCUCCCCUCCCCCUGCUCGGGUCCCACCAGCUUCCCCUCAUUUAGCACACCUGCAUAUACUAAAGUGUCUUUACCACAGAAGGUAGCGGACACUUCCUCAGCCAUUAACCACGCACAAAAAGACAUUACCAUUAAUAAUGUGAACGCUUUUAUGAAAGGAAUAUAUUUAUAUUGUAUCAAGCAAAAAGUAGAGUAGCUAAAUUGAUAUUUAUUAAAACGUCUGUGUAGAUUUUUGUAAUCAUGCUCAACAAC